AUGGAGGCAUUGAGGCGCUCACAUAGUCUACUGCGGAGAUUCAAUAAUCCAAGAAAUUUAAGAAGAACAUAUGCGAUCAAUGCGUCUACGAUUGAUGCCUCUGCACAACCUUCCGUACCUCCUCCAUGGAGACCUUCGACAGUCCUCGACGAAUGGGUCGCCCGGGAAGCACAUCCCAUCAGCCUCCGCCAAUUGACCUUCUUCGGUCGAUCGCUAUCCGAAGCACGUCUUUUGAGCUCAGCCAAUUACGUCCGCAUGGAAUUGCCGACCAGGAUCGCUCAUCGUCUUCGAGACAUGCAGACCUUGCCUUACCAGGCAUUGACCAACAAGCACAUCGGACACGUCUAUGAGCUCUAUUACGCAGCAUUCGAACAGUUCCGAAAAGUUCCAGAGAUCCGUACACUUGACGACAACGACCGUUUCUGCCAAGUCAUCAAAACGACGCUAAAUCAGCAUCUGACAGUGAUCCCGCAUUUGGCCAUCGGCGUGCUCGAGAUUCAAGGCUCAGUCAAAAGUGAGCAAUGUGAUCGUUUCAUGAACACUCUGUUACGGUCACGCAUCAGUCGGCGAGUCAUCGCCGAACAGCAUCUAGCUCUCACAGAUACCUUCCACUCGCCAUGGCACUUUCCAGAUGCGAAAAAGUCCCCGAUGGCUCCUGAGGAUGACUUCAUAGGCGAAAUCUUCCUCCGGUGCAAUGCACGGGAAUUGAUUGAGAAAUGCGCAGAGAUCGCGCGAGCCGCAACCAAGCAAGCCUAUGGUCUGGAUGUAGUGUUGCCAGAGAUUGUGGUCAAGGGCCAUCUUGAUAUCACGUUCCCAUAUAUUCCAUCGCAUCUUGAAUACAUCAUCGGGGAACUCCUCCGCAACAGUAUUCAGAGCACCGUUGAGACUUUCAGUCCCGCAUCUCCUUCGACCAAACCUCCACCGAUCGAAGUCCUCGUCUGCGAAGCUCCUCAACACAUCAUCAUCCGAGUAUCCGACCAAGCCGGCGGCGUCGAUCCAGAGGUACUCCCUUAUCUAUGGUCCUUCGCCAAAGGUCCACGCAAGUCCAAACGCCUUCGCAACCUCAACCAAGUUCCCCGUCUCGCGGCGACACCGGAGGAUGUAGUGACACAAACCUCCCAGCAGAAGGAGAAUGUCAAACCUGAUUCGUUGUCGCCGAUCACUGCGCGGUCCGCAGAUUUAAAGCUUGGGAUCGGUCUGCCGAUGAGCAGGAUCUAUGCGGAAUACUGGGCGGGAAAUUUGGAAUUGCAUAGUCUGGAGGGAUAUGGUUCCGAUGCAUUUCUGCAAAUUUCGAGGUUGGGGAAUAAGAACGAGGUUCUGAGUACGAGAGCGAUGAUGGACGCUGUGUGA